AUGGAGGCAACCACAGUCGAUGGGGCCGUGUCAGCUCUCAAAGAGUUAUACGCAGAGGGCACAGAGCAUUACAUCCACUGGAAGAGGAAACGCACACUCGGGAAUCACUACUGUCGGAAAUCAGAGUCGGGUGUUCGAAGGGAUGUCAUUACGUGUGCUUUAAGCAUCUCUUUGGAGCUUGCGAGAAAUCAGAUUGAGGAGACAUACGACAUUGCGACUGGUCUAGUCGGUACCGACUUCUCCACCGGCGACACAUCAAGCCGGGACAUGCUUUCCAACCAGCUGUUUAACCUCAGUAGUCGGGUUUCCCACCUACGCCGGGUCUCCGGCGAAUCAACCUUGACCGGUCUUCUCAACAUCUCAGAUAUUAUACAGACAUCCGAGUCUGUGAGGAUCGCCUCAGUCCAGGCCCUCGCCGCCUUGUAUCAUCGCCUCGCUGCCGGACGCCCAGACAUCCCCGAGUACCUCCCCAUCCCCAAGCCCCGCUCGCGGCAGACCCGGCCCGCCUCGCGAUGCUCAGGUAGCUCGCGAGACAACAACCGCAGCAGUGCCGUCAAGGAUGAGGACAACGACGAAGACCAUGCGGAAGAAGACGAUGAUAUGUCGACGACCAUGACCAUCAGCACCGACCAAGCUCCGUUCCAGUCAGAACCUCCCUCGCCCCCGCCAACUCCGCCCACUCCCAAAGCCGUCGUCAGCGACGCGGUAUCCAUCUUUGCGCCCUCCGAAGCGGGCACCACCAGCACCACCGAUUCAGCCUUCCUCAGCCCCAAAGUCAGCGUCUUCAGCAUGUUCUGUCCCGAGGCCAUUACACUCCAGGUCGAUCUCUCCAAGCCGAUCCCCGACGGCCCCAAGAGAUGCAAGUGCGGAUACCGAUGGAACCCCCUGCUACCGGGCAACAAGGACUACAUUGUCCUGAAGGACGGUUUCCGAAUGUCGAGCCGUUUCCUCGCCAAAUCGCACACUGAUAGGAACGUGUUUGCCUGCUGUCUCUGCGUGCCGACGGGGACGACAGACAACUACGAAUCCGCUGACGCGUUGAGGGCGCAUAUCAACCUAUCCCAUCGCAAGUGGCAGAUUCUGCACGAUCGAGAUAUUCGCUAG